ACGCGGCGUUAAUUAGCCUUGAAAUCAUUAUUUCAUAAUGUAAUGCAAAGGUCCCAGUCCCAAGUACCUUUUCUGAUACAUGGAGACGAAAAUGUUUGUUGAACCUGCAACAGAACCGAGAAACGAGAAGCUCCUUCAGUUAUAUGUUGGUUUAGACUUUAGACAUAACAUGGACAUAACGUUCUUUGCCCCUUCUUCCACAGAUAAAUGUUAACUUAAUAAGAGGCCGAGGUCCAAUGUUACCGAGCUAGUUUUGCAGGGGUCCACCAUCAAAAAAGUUUUCGAACGAUCACGCACACCGUGCUGUCGACGGUCGAUUUUACCUAAUUGAACAAUAGUUGCAAAUAGUUGAAACAAAAAGAAAUGAAAAGGGCUGCAUUCUUUCUGAUUUAUUGUUUGGCUGUAAUAAAUGCUAGACCAGAAGAAACAAAGAUUAAGGCAUCUGAUGUUGAAAACGUAGAAAUCGAGAAGCAACGGGUCAUAGAAUUGCAGCUAUUUUCGAAAAUGUCCACGUCUGCUACGAACGAAGACAAAGAUCAUGAACGCAAGACAAAAGAAAUAAUGGCAAAAAUAGACCAAGUGAACAAGAAUUUGGGCUACGUGCAAAACAAGAAUAAGCCGCAGAGGAAGUUGUAUUACGGUAUAUUUUCCAAAUCUGAACAGAAAGGGCCUGUUACUACAGCAGACCUCUUCCAGUCGGGAUUGAAAGAUCUUGCCAAAAUUGUUGGCGUUGAUAACAACAAUAGCAACAAAAAUUCGAAAGAGAGAAAGAUUGAAAACCCGCAUUCCCAGUAUUUCUUGUUUCCCGUUCUUCCUCUUGUUCCGAAUCAUCGCUCUGUCAGUUUCGUAAAUGAUGACAAAACUGACUUUGAAAUGUUGCAGAGAACGGUAACUCAAAUAAAAGACAUUGUAGCCAAAGUUCGUGGUCAAAAUUACCCCAUUUUUAAACGAGGUAACGAGUUUGUCAUUCCCAGUAUUAAUCCAGCAACAGAAGAAGCAAAACUCGACCAAAGAACGACAAGUGUCGGGAACGGCGGACCUGCAAACUCGCCCAUGGUCAUCAUUCCAAUCAAUGAUAAUUCCCAAGAAGAUGACGGAAAGCAACAUGAACAAUUUGAAUAUGAAUACGAAGAAGUUGAAGGAAGGGAAAACACCAAAAUAAUAACAGAGUCAAAAAGGUCAACCCAUUCUCCUACGAGCACUGCUCUCGGCGUAAUGGAAGAUAAACGAGACUCGAGAAGACGUUACAAAACGCCGGAAGCAACAGAAUCGUCAAAAAUUUUGGGCAUAAAACUGCCUUCGAUAAAUAAACCACCCAAUUUCUCACCAAACGGUCAAAAAUUCGGGAACGGUGGAGGCAAUUCCACCAAAGACGUCCACAACCAAAUCGGCGGCGACAAGAAAAAAUUCUGGAGCAGAGAUAAUACUGGAAAUGGUAUUUUUAUCCAAAGGCUUAAGGUGAGGAAAGGUGGAGUUGCUAUAGCAGGACCAGGUGGUAUAGCGACUGCUGGUAGUGGUGGAACUGCAAUCGUAGGACCCAGCGGUGUGGCUUACACUCAACCCGACAGUGUGGCUAUUGCUGGAGCUGGAUCGAAAGUUGUGGCAGUCGAUGCUGGAAUAAAUUUAACCGAUUUGAUUAAUACCCUGCAAAAAAUGAACAGGUCGACGGAAAACGAAUUCGUACCGAGGGUCGGUAAGGUCGUCGCAACUGGUCCGGUCAUAUACUACAACAGGGUUUUUUCUUUUAUCUGUAGAUUUGCAGACCCUUUCAACUUCCUAACAAGUCUCACUAAUUUACCGCCUGCUCGCUUUAUUUCGAACCACAGUUCAUUGUCUGAACAAAGAGUAGAAUUGAAAAAAGUAGACGAUAAAAUCUUACGAAAUGACUCGGUAAUAUCAUCACCAUUUCAAGCAGUUUAUUUGAACGAUUUUUCAAAGGCCAACCUCCUAAAAAACGGAGAUGGAGAUCGUAACCAAGACGUGGUGACUUACAAAAGCAAUCCCCUGUUUCAAUUUUUGAAAAAUGGACACACUAUACAACUGAACAGAAUUAUCAGUUUUAGAAAUACGGAUGGAAGUAACGACGUUGCCACUUUAAUUUUAAAACCCAUAGCUAGAGCCGUUGCGGCUCAGGAUGGGAAAGCUGUAGCAAACCCCUUGUCAAGGGCUGUUUUACGAAAAGGGACAGAUGUCGACAUUCUUUUUGAACCUGAAGCUUUUGCCAUCGUUGGGCCCGGGGGCAUAGCCCAUGCGCAAAGUGACUUGGAAAUAAGCUACGAAAAUGAUGAUGAAAAUUUUACGAAACAUUUAAAUACCUGUAUAAAACCUUCGAAGACAACACUGCUUCCCUUCUAUGGCGGUGCUAAGGGGCAAAGUUUAGAAAUAAUUCAACUACCAGACGGUAAAGUAAUAAUGAAUAUAAUCAAGUCUCCACCCACCACGGAACGUCCAAGGGAAGAAACAACUGCGCAUCCCGAGGACGUGGAAUAUCCUUCAAUUCCCAAUAGGUACGAAGAUGAUUUCGACGAACCUGAAACAAAUAUAAGGACAGUGAAACUCACUGCCGAUCGUUUAAUUCAAUUGCAAGACAAAUCAAAAAACGACAGUCCUUUAAGUGAAGAAGAACAGACGGAGUUUAACAGGGGAAUUGCCCUUUUGAGCGAAACUGCUUCAAAAUUUGCCCAACUUCAACAAAAAGAUAAGCUAAUAUCUCCCAUGGAGUCGAAAACUGAUGUUUCGGACUGGUUGAGCAGAAAAAAGGACAAGAAAGAACCCAACAAAAUUAAAGACGACAACAAGAAGGAACAAAAGAAGAAAGAAGAUGAAAAACGUAAGGAGGAAGAACAGAAUAAUAAAGAAGACAGACUUGAAGGAGAAAAGAAUAAAGAACAGAAUCAGAAUGAAGAUUCAGACGAAAUUGCCAUCAAUUUACCCUCGGAGGAAGCUUCGGUCGCCGAAGCUAAACCGGCCAACCUCCUAAAAAACGGAGAUGGAGAUCGUAACCAAGACGUGGUGACUUACAAAAGCAAUCCCCUGUUUCAAUUUUUGAAAAAUGGACACACUAUACAACUGAACAGAAUUAUCAGUUUUAGAAAUACGGAUGGAAGUAACGACGUUGCCACUUUAAUUUUAAAACCCAUAGCUAGAGCCGUUGCGGCUCAGGAUGGGAAAGCUGUAGCAAACCCCUUGUCAAGGGCUGUUUUACGAAAAGGGACAGAUGUCGACAUUCUUUUUGAACCUGAAGCUUUUGCCAUCGUUGGGCCCGGGGGCAUAGCCCAUGCGCAAACAUACAUUUCUGUAAAAUCAGUCACCUGUGGCAAUUUGUUGGUAAUGUGGCGAAAUAAAGGUUGCAAUGAAUAUCAACCAAAAAUUACGAAACAUGUAUGCAUAGGUACGUCUGCAAAAUUGAUGAACAUUUCGCUUUGUGUUGAUUAUGGUUUACUCACUGUAUUUAAUGAUUUUUUUUUAAGUAUAAAACCUUCGAAGACAACACUGCUUCCCUUCUAUGGCGGUGCUAAGGGGCAAAGUUUAGAAAUAAUUCAACUACCAGACGGUAAAGUAAUAAUGAAUAUAAUCAAGUCUCCACCCACCACGGAACGUCCAAGGGAAGAAACAACUGCGCAUCCCGAGGACGUGGAAUAUCCUUCAAUUCCCAAUAGGUACGAAGAUGAUUUCGACGAACCUGAAACAAAUAUAAGGACAGUGAAACUCACUGCCGAUCGUCUAAUUCAAUUGCAAGACAAAUCAAAAAACGACAGUCCUUUAAGUGAAGAAGAACAGACGGAGUUUAACAGGGGAAUUGCCCUUUUGAGCGAAACUGCUUCAAAAUUUGCCCAACUUCAACAAAAAGAUAAGCUAAUAUCUCCCAUGGAGUCGAAAACUGAUGUUUCGGACUGGUUGAGCAGAAAAAAGGACAAGAAAGAACCCAACAAAAUUAAAGACGACAACAAGAAGGAACAAAAGAAGAAAGAAGAUGAAAAACGUAAGGAGGAAGAACAGAAUAAUAAAGAAGACAGACUUGAAGGAGAAAAGAAUAAAGAACAGAAUCAGAAUGAAGAUUCAGACGAAAUUGCCAUCAAUUUACCCUCGGAGGAAGCUUCGGUCGCCGAAGCUAAACCGGUAGGGUUAGCUGUAGCAGGUGAAGGAGGAGUGGCAGCAAGUCGACCCAUAGCCACGGCCGUUUCAGGUAAGGGUGGUCUGGCAGUAGCACGUCCUGUGGGAACAGCUAUUGCUGGUGUAGAUCCUGACGAAGCUCUUUUAUUAGUUUAUGGUCCUGGAGCGUCGAGUCGUCCUUCAGGAGAUAAGGAUAAAGGAAAAGUUAAACCGAAGAAAAGGAACACCGAAAUGGUGUAUAGACUAAUUCAAAAAUAUCAGGAAAUGUAAUAAUAAAUUAAUUUGUAAGUAAGCGAUAAAUAUAUUGCUUGUGUCUAGAUAUAUUAUAAUAAUGUGUAUAUUUUUCUAUGCUGUAUCGUACUUUCUAGUAAGAGUUGCUGCGUAAUUUUUUGUACUUUAGCUUUUAAUACGUUCAUUAAGUAAAAGAAGAAAAUAAAUUAAAAAUAUUAUCUCUA